UUUUUUUUUUUAUUCUCAUUCAAAUUAGACAUGUCCAACAAUUAUUCUUACCCUCCUCCACCUCAAGGCCAAUACUAUCCUCCUCCUCAACAAGGUGGUUACGGUGCUCCUCCUCAAGGCUAUGGUGCUCCUCCUCCAGGUGGCCAAUAUUAUACUCCUGCUCCUCCUCCUCAAACUAUUGUUGUUCAACAACAACCUCAAAAACAUGACGAUUCUUCUUGUUGUUGGGGAUGCUUGGCUGCAAUGUGUUUCUGUUGUGCUCUUGAUGCUAUUUGUUAAGGAUUCCUUGAUGCCUCUAAUUUUCACUCGGUUAUUUCCUGGAUUAUCCCUUUCCACUCCCUUUCUCCUUACUAUUAACUACUUUAUAUAUACAUUCUAGUUAUUCUCUCUCUCUUUAUUAUUUUUAUUAUUUUGAUCAUCAUUCAUCAUGUAACACACACAACUUUUCUUCAUUUUCUUUUUUCUCCUUUUUUUUUUUUUUACGUAUUAGUAUAAUUCAUUAUCUUGGAUAUAUAUCUUUGAAAGUAAUAAAAAGAAAUAAUAAAGAAAACAAAAUCAAAUACAAAAUACUUCAAUGUUCUAUCACAACAACAAAAUAGAUCUUGAAUUAAAAGAUGUGCCAAUGAAACAGUACCCACCUUUUUUCUAUUUCACUUUGCCAAGGUCCCACCAAAAUUCAGCGGUAUUUGAAUGAUUCGGCAAGGAUGAUUCGUUUUGGUAUUCAUCUUUUUUUUGGACCUCUUGUCUUUUCACAACG